AUGAAGCCGUAUAAAGUUCAAUUGGUGCAACAGCUAAAGCCAAUUGACCAUCCGAGUCGUCUACGGUUCGCAAAUUGGGCGGAAAAUUGUUUGGCGGAGGAUAACGAAUUUUAUCGAAAAAUCAUCUUUUCGGACGAAGCUCAUUUCCACCUCGGUGGUUAUGUUAAUAAGCAAAAUUGUCGCAUCUGGGGCACAGAAAACCCGCACGUCGUCAUAGAGAAGCCAAUGCACCCACAACGAGUGACUGUUUGGUGCGGACUUUGGUCUGGCGGCAUCAUCGGUCCAUUUUUCUUUGAAAAUGAAGCAGCAAUGUUGAACGAUUGGUUCUUUCAAGAAAUUGAAGCUGACGACUUGGACGAUGUUUGGUUUCAACAGGACGGUGCAACGAGCCAUACAGCACACGCCACAAUCGAUGUUUUACGCCGCAUUUUCGGAAAUCGAAUAAUCAGCAGAAAUGCUGAUGUGAAUUGGCCACCAAGAAGCUGCGAUCUGACGCCAUUGGAUUAUUAUCUUUGGGGAGCGGUGAAAGAUAAGUGUUACGCCAACAAUCCAGAAACAAUUCAAGACCUCAAGACCGAAAUUCAAGCUGCUAUUGGUGAAAUAGAGCCCCAAACAAUCGAAAAUGUAUUAAAAAAUUGGGUGGAACGAAUAGGCUACUGCCAAGUCAGCCGUGGUGGUCAUUUGGCCGAAAUUAUUUUUCAUAAAUAA